AUGUUAGUAAGCUCUGCUCAUGUUGGUGUUUUCAGAAUAAUCAAAGAACUACAAAAAGAACAGAACCAAAUUGAGCUCAAUAUUGAAGCAAUCUUAAGAAGCAUGCUGAGACCAGCACAAAGGCGACAAACUAUUGAACAUGAACAAUGCAUUCAAUCAAUAUUUAAUGAUCAUAACAAUAGAACACUCAUGGAAUUCCUGCAUGGAAUUGCCCAUAAUAUUUCUUUAAUCACUUUAAUGCUUGCUUUUAAACUUCAAGAAUUUACAGGUAGUGGUCUUUGA